GUCAAGUCUUUUUGCAGUCUCUAAAAACUAAAAAGCUCAGGAACAGAGAGAGAGAGAGAGAGAGAGAGAGAGAGAGAGAAUGAUACAGGUACUCUAUACCGUGAUCUUGGCCGAAAUGGCUCUGAUCCUAACCCUCCUCUUCAGGACUCCAUUGCGAAAGCUCGUCAUCAUAACCUUGGAUCGCCUCAAGCGCGGCCGGGGUCCUAUCAUGGUCAAGACCAUCGCCGCCACCGUCCUCGUCGUCCUCACGUCCAGCGUCUAUAGCAUAAUCAAAAUUCAGAAGCGUACGAUCGAGGGUGGCGUCGCCAAUCCGACGGACCAGGUCCUCAUGUCCAAGUACAUGCUCGAAGCUUCUCUUACGGGAUUCAUGCUCUUCCUCUCACUGAUGAUAGAUAGAUUACAUUAUUACAUUAGAGAACUUCGUUCACUUAGGAAAACCAUGGAGGCUGCAAAGAAACAAAAUCGUAAUUUUGAUGAUGGGAAGAAUGGCGGUGCAGAGGAGCUUAAAGCCAUGGGAGAAGAGAUUGCUACAUUGAGGGCAAAGAUCAAGAAGCUGGAAUCUGAAUGUGAGACAAAAGCAAAGGAGGCAAAGACAGCAGAAGCUGAAGCUGAGGCUUUAAGAAAGCAAUCUGAGGGAUUCCUUCUGGAGUAUGACCGAUUGCUGGAAGACAAUCAAAACCUUCGCAACCAGUUAGAGUCAAUUGACCAAAGUUUGACACAGCCCGAUAACAAAAAGAAUAUGUGAGGGAGCACAUACCUAGUAAGGAACAAUUUUCUGGGUCUAUAUCUAUGUGUAUGAGUACUUUAGAAUUGCAUUUAGGAGAGGAAAGAAAAUGCAGGGGUGCAGUUGUUACAAUUGGUCUAAUUAUGUUUAUAUGCAAAGCAUGGUGAAAAGGGAGAAUGUAAUACCCGGAUCCAAAAAAUGAAAAAAAGAACUAGGGGUUUUAAUAUUAAAGUGCAGUUUGGUAA